UCAUGUGAUUGUCAAGAACCAAUUGAAAGAGGCUGUGGAAAGAGGAACGGUUAAAUUUGUAAUAUUGGUUGUGUGAAACACUUCUUUGGGCCUCAUAAACAACCACAGAACCACAAGUUGGGUACAGAGGCAGUCACACAAGAGCGGGUCCGGGAUAUUGGUCAGCUGGCAGGGCGAAUCAUUUUGACUGCAAACCACAAGAGUUUCAUAGAGUGGUAAAAGAAAUAACAUAUCGCCCCCUUUUAAAAAAGAAAAUAAGUUUUUAAAAGAGGAAACCAUGACUUCAAACAGCUUCUUUGAGUCAUUUCCUUCUUACCAGCAGUGCUUCGUGCGAGAUACCAGCACGAGCCGCCGCUUCACGCCGCCCUCGACCGCGCUGAGCCCGGGCAAGAUGAGCGACGCGCUGCCGCUGGUUGGCCACGAGAACGGCGGCGGCGGCGGCGGCGGCGCCCUGGCGGGCAAGAUGAGGACGGCGGACCGCAGCAUGGUGGAGGUCCUGGCCGAUCACGCCGGCGAGCUGGUGCGCACCGACAGCCCCAACUUCCUCUGCUCCGUCCUGCCGACCCACUGGAGGUGCAACAAGACGCUGCCCAUCGCCUUCAAGGUGGUGGCCUUAGGAGAUGUCCCUGAUGGGACUCUGGUCACAGUGAUGGCUGGAAAUGAUGAAAACUACUCUGCAGAACUCAGAAACGCUACUGCUGCCAUGAAGAAUCAAGUCGCAAGAUUUAAUGACCUAAGAUUUGUGGGCAGAAGUGGAAGAGGGAAGAGCUUCACUUUGACCAUCACAGUCUUCACAAAUCCUCCGCAAGUAGCCACGUACCACAGAGCCAUCAAGAUCACAGUGGAUGGGCCUCGAGAACCAAGAAGACACCGUCAGAAACUAGACGAGCAGACAAAGCCUGGGAGUUUGUCCUUUUCAGAGCGUCUGAGCGAAUUGGAGCAGUUGCGUCGCACAGCCAUAAGGGUCAGCCCACACCACCCAGCCCCCACUCCUAACCCAAGAGCUUCCUUGAACCACACCACUGCUUUUAACCCUCAGCCUCAGAGCCAGAUUCAGGAUACAAGGCAACUUCAGCCAUCUCCUCCGUGGCCUUACGAUCCAUCCUAUCAGUAUCUGGGAUCAAUUGCAACUCCUUCGGUUCAUCCAGCAACCCCAAUUUCACCUGGAAGGGCGAGUGGAAUGACCUCUCUCUCUGCAGAACUCUCAAGCCGACUGACAAGUGCUUCUGACUUAACAGCAUUCAGUGAUCCAAGAGUGGGAAUUGACCGUCCUUUCCCUGCGAUUCCUUCCAUUUCUGAUCCUCGCAUGCACUAUCCCGGAGCGUUCACCUAUACUCCCACACCUGUGAGCUCAGGAAUAGGAAUCGGUAUGUCUGCCAUGACCACUGCCACAAGAUAUCACACUUAUCUGCCCCCUCCAUACCCAGGUUCUUCUCAGGCUCAAGGCAGCCCAUUUCAGACCAGCUCCCCUUCCUAUCAUCUCUACUAUGGAACGUCAGCAGGGUCAUACCACCAGUUCUCUGUGAUGUCUGGAGGAGAUAGGUCACCUCCACGCAUCCUUCCUCCUUGCACUAAUGCUUCCACAGGAUCUACUCUCCUCAAUCCCAACCUUCCAAACCAAAACGAUGUUGUGGACACAGAAGGCAGCCAUAGCAACUCCCCUACCAACAUGGCAACCACAGCAAGGCUAGAAGAAGCAGUAUGGCGGCCGUAUUGAAUCAUUAGCACAGCUGUUUUGUCUGCUGAAUGGCCGAGGACUCUGCCAGGUUUAUAUAUCAUUACAGAGAAGCAAUCCAUCCAGAAGUCAGUAUUUCCAGGAAUGGUGUCAUGGUGUUAUCCAAUUGCCAUUGGUCACUGAGGUGACAGUAUUCCAGACAAGUAUACUCGUCCAAGGACUGAACUUCUGAAGAUGAGAACAUUUUAAGACGAUGGUACCUACUCACUCACUUUUUCUAGAGAUAUGGGGAAGGAUAGAUACUCUGUAUGUUUCCAGAGCUUGAGACUUCAAAAAUAGUUUUGGAGCUCCUCAAAGCUUUCAAAAGAGUGCUUUGUUUGACAUCCGAUUUGGAGGCUUAAAGCCUAACGCAAUCUUAAUGAGUUUAAUCAAUCAUUUUGUCAUGCUAGUUAAAAGGAAGUAUAGGAAGAUUCUCAGAGAGAAACUGUGAAUGCUUCUGAUUUAGCAAUGCUGUGAAUAAGAGUUUUUAUAUCCUGGAAUUAAUUUUUUUAACCAAGUUGUAUAUUCCAAAGAGUAUGGGAAUUAUGCUUAUUUUAAUUUUAAUUUUAAGAUGCAACUCGUCCUUUGCAUAACAUUUUUUUAUUUCCUUUUUUGGCACCUUAGAAAUUUGUAAAAAGAUUUAAUCUUUUUAAAAAUGUGCUUGAUUUUCUCAUGCAUUGUCAACUGAAGGCAUGAAAAAGGCCUUUCCAGGGAGAUGAUUUAAUUAUUCCUUUAAUAUAAAAGAGUGACAGCCUUGGGUCCUUUUCAACUACUGAAAACGUAUAUGAUGAGUUACUCGAUAUUUAUGCUCUCAUCAUUGAUUUUUUGUGUGUGAUACCUUUAUUAUUUAAAUAUGCUUAAAGAUAAGCACAUGCAUUUUGUAGCAACCAAAGUUUUAAAAUAUCACAUAUAAAAUGGCUGGAAUAAUUAUGGGUAAUGUGACUUUUAAUUAUUUAGAAGUAUUGUUUACAUUUUGCUCCAUUUCACUUUCAUCAGGCAUUUAAUACCCAAUGAAGUCAUUUUUGUUGUCCAGUUGAGAACCCAGAAUUAUUUUAAACAUUACUUUGAUAUAAGUAGUAUCAAAAGUGUCUCCCUUCUUUAAAAAAAAAAGGAAGAACUUUGCAUCACAUUUUGCCACAAUACUCUGAUCAUUUUAACACAAGUUUCAGAAUAUGAGGAGGACACUGGAGGCAGGAACUGAUCUCAGAAGGAGCAUAUGGAGAUUCCAGGACAGCUGCGUUAUACUCCAUGUUGUGCUGAACCGAUAUCUAAAUGCAACAGAAGUGAAAAGUAAAAUCAAACACAGCUAGAUAGACAUAGCAAAGUACUUCAUGCUGAUAAAUUAUGGGCAAAAUCUGACAAGCUCCUGUACAUUCUACUUUUAUCGGUUGGGAAUUGCAAGAACUUGUUUCAGGCUGUGGUCCUAAGCACAAUCAUCUGGACACGAUGCACUAGAUACACAGACACAAAUCUCUUUACUACAGAUUUGACAGCCAAAGGCAACCUUAGGAGGUUGCACAUUUGAGCAAAGGAAUUGCCUGAGGGACUGGUAGCCCUUGUCUUCUAGCCAUCUCCCUACUCACCCAUCCCAAAUUAAUUUUUCAUCCUGUAAGAGAAAAGAUAUGGAUAUCCAUCUCUUUUCUGCUGUAACUGGAAAAGCAACUUCCAAGUGGAAGAAAUGGUAGCAGGAGAAUGGUUACACCUAACACCAUUGCUUUGUUCAAACUUGCCGUCUCAAGGUUGCUUUUGGUUAAAAAUUAUUGUCACUGGACAGCUCAUCACAUCCAGUUUAGGCCUCAGUUCUUGACAAAUGAAUUUAGAAUCUGGAACAGACUAGCAUAUGCAGCAUCUUGCAAAGCCAAGCCCAUAGUCAGGAAAGGAAAUUUAAAUCAGUACAAUUCAAACAUGGUACAUGGGAUAGGCCACCCUGUAGCCAAUUUUUACUUUCUUCCCCACGCCCCGCAGUAAUAACUUAAAUGGAACAUUCACUGUUGUCUAAUACACCUCAAACAUAUCGGACAUCACUGUAAAUUAUAAGGCACUGUUUUAUGUGAGGGUUUGGUCUGAAUGCAAUUGUACAUGUCUUUGAUUGUACAUUAAAUGAAUACUGCUGAAGUCAACAAAUUCAGAAUUACCUUCUGAUUAAGUAAUGGACCUUUAAAAAUUAGUGGAACAAUUGCAGAUCAACUCUUCUGAGUAUUUGAAAGCAGGCCUUUAAAUCAGUGUUGGGUGUUUAACAAAAUUAAUAAAGGAUUCGGUUUAGAAAGAUCCUCGGCUGCAGGCAGCAAAACAGCUGGACUUAUUUAAAAUAUUUGUUUCUUUUUAUAUAUAUAUUAUAUAUAUAUUUGUAGAUUUUGCUUUUGCAUUAUUUGUGUGUCUGAUGCAGUAGCACUUUGAGAUAAAAUGUUACAGAGUGAAACAGCUGAUGCUAUCAACAAGGUCAACUUACUGCAGAAAAUUAUUUCAGCUGAUCUCAGCCAAAGCUCAAAAGAUCAUACAGUGUCAUUUCUCCCCCUCCCCACUUUCAGAUUCAUAUUUUGCAGUUGCGUGUUUUGCCAUUUUUCAGAUGUGUGUUUUACAAUUGGAGGAUUUGAGUUUCUUUUUUAAAAAAGAAAUGGAAGAGCCAAUUCAUUUCAGUGCUUCUGAAAUGAAAAAAAGGUAUUUCAAAAUAGUUAAUUGUACAAAACUGUUACAAUUACCUUGAAUUUUAAUGCAUUGAUUUCUUACGUCUUUAGUGAAAUUUAAAUCUGUCUUUCAUGGUAACUGUUCCACAGGAUUCAACUUAAAAUACAAUGCCUUUUCCUUUAUGCUAUAAGUGCUUAAUGUGGAUAAUCUGUUUAGAUAAAAAUGCCAGUCAUUUAUUAUAGAUAUCAGCAACUAAGGCCACUAUAUACUCUCUAUGAUUUAUGCCUAAACAAAUGUAUGCCAUUUUAUCCAGUGUUAGAAUAAUUCAUUGUCUCAACUACACCUGCACUGUUAAUGAUUAACUGCCCACUCCUUUGCAGGCUUAUUCAGAAGUAAGUCCCACUGUGUUCAGCAGUGAUCAUUCCUAGGUAUUGGUGCAUAAAAUUGCAGCCUGAUUUUACCAGCUUCUGCCACAAAUGGGCUGAGAUGGAAUCUGGCCAGCUUGGAGUGUGGCAUUGCUAGGGAAGAGAACAAAACAUUCUGAGGAUUACUACAGUUUUUGAAGCCCUACAGAUGCCAGGGGUCAGAGAGCCACAGCUCAGCACUUCAUAAAGAGAAGUGCAGACAAUCCAGAGGAACUUGACCAACUGUUUAUAUGAGCUCAGGCUAUUUGUCCACCUUGCCCAGCAGCAUCUAAUCUGAGUGACAGCAACUCUCCAGGGUCUUUGGUGCAGAGAGGUCUGUGCAUUCACCUGCUACCUCCCUUCAUCCGGGGAACAGCCGUGGUUCAUUGGUAGAUCAUCUGCUUUGCAUGCAGAAUGUUCAAUCUCCAGGCAGGGCUGGCUGCCGAAAGCCAGAAAAGCCACUGCUAUUCAGUGUAAACAAUACUAAGCUACAUGGGCCAAGGUUUGACUUGGUAUAAGGCAGUGUCCUAUGUUCUUAUGCACCUGCUCUUAACAGGACAUGGCAGGGGUUGUACCUAGAAGGACCUUUUGCAUGUAAAGCAUGUGUUCUCUCAUUAAACUACCAAUCAGUUUCUGUCAAGAGACUACCCACUUUCCAAAUGUUUUUCUUUCUCAUAGCUGAAUUGUCUGCAGAUUUAGAAUCCUAAAUAUGUCUAGAUUUAGGUUUAAGAGACUUGGACUUUAUAAUUAGGCUGUAUGCAUUCUCUUUGAUUUUUGUUGUUGUUAAAAAAUAUCCCCUUGGUGAUUUAAUUUUACAAGGUUUUGAUCAGGGCUCUUGAUGUCUAAGACCUUACCUGCACAUCUUUCUGAGGUUGUACCAUUUCAGAAUGUGACAUCUUCUGAAUUGAUGCUAUCUCAUGAACACGUAGGUCAAAUCUAUAUCAUUUUAUAUUGGGCUUGCCUAAGGAAGGAUAAGAGUAGUUACUAGGGGAGGGACAGUAGUAAUCUCAAUUUUUCUGCAUGCCUCUUGGAGUGUAAUGAAAUGUGAUAGCUAAUAUUUGGAGGGGGGCGUCUGUGAAACUCCAGAUUUUUCAUAGGAUUUCCCCUUCUGUUGAAUUCCUGCUUCUUGGACCUCAGGCUCAUGCAUGAGCUGAUUUUAGAAUGGUCAAAUGCAAAAGAGAACAAGGCUGCUGGAUCUUUAAUGCCUGUGCAGAAGAAGGAAUUUCGCAUGUGUGGGAAAUGUCAUUGCUCCAGAUGUUGCUGAACUGCAACUCCCAUCAGCCCCAUCAAGCAUGGGCAGUGGCCAGAGACAAUGGUAACUGUGGAUCAACAACAUCUGGAGGGCCAAAGGUUCCCCGCAGCUGAACUACAACUGCAUAAUUCCCUCUCCUACACAGCUGUUAAAGGUGCAGGAGCCCUGUUUUCUUUUGCAUCUGAGUCACCUGCCUUAACAGUAUUUGGGAAGGCUCAAAGUACAUCUCCUUUUAUAGGAGGCAUUUCCCAGGGGCGCAUUUCGAAAAGCAUUCCAAACUGGCCACUGCCAGAGACAGAUUGUAAGGAUUAAGUCCACCUAGCUCCACAGAAUAACCUGCACGAUCAACUGCUCACAUACUUAAACUUAUGGAGAAGGGUUUUGGUUUUCUAAAAACUGGAAAUGGGGCCAGGAAGCUGAUGGUCUAUUAAGAGCUCAAAGUGAACUGGAUCACUACUUUGCAGCAUGUGAAAAAACAUUUUCUAUCUUCAUGUAUAUCCAAAUUAACUAAAUAUUAGAAUUCCUGAAAGAAAAGUUCCCUAUUUAAAGAAUUUAUUUUUUUUUAAUGUUGCUCUCUAAGAGAGAUGUUCGGGUAUUCCCUUUUGUAAAAUAUAAAUGUAUUUGAAACUAUUAUAAUGACCAGAUAAUGGUGAAUAAUUAGGAACUCAUUUUUAUUUAAAUGCAUUGCACAAUCCAGACACACCCAUGAAGCUGAAUCCGUACGUGUUAAAGCAUUUUAAAUCAGUUUUUGCUUCAGCUGAGAUUAACUGGCUUUACCAUUCCUUUUUAUUGCAGCUACUUUUGGCUUUACCAGCAGAGAUCCUAAACAUACUUGUUAGGAAAACAAAUCCCACUGUUUUCAGUGGGGCUUAAUUUUUGCCCUGGAAAUAACUUUUCCCCCACAUUUUAAUGCAGUUGUGCAAAUAGAUCUUAUUUAUUCCCGUGUACUUAGAUUUUUAUAAACUGGUUAAACUGAUCUUCCACAGGUGUCCCACAAUCAAAAAUAACAGGUAUUUAUAAUAUUUGUUACGUUUUUCCCAGAUGACACUCACUCAUUAAUUGCUCAACAAAACUUUGUUUAUAACAUUUUAUUUUAUAAGGCUUGUUGUGCCUUGCAACCUUUUCUAUUUAAAAAAAAAAGUUGGUCGAUACUAUCCCAUCAUCAUUUUUUGUUUCAUAUAUAUCAAAGGGUGCAUCAGGAGAAUGUUAAUUGUAUUUCUGUAUGUAAAUAGGUUUUAAAGGCAUCAUAGAAACAUAUUGUUAAAGCUUGUAUUUGACAUUUUUCAUUCGCUACAUCUUUGCUGAACUUGCCUUUGCUAAAUACUGUAGGAAACUUGUUUUAUUUCCAACUUAAUUAUUUUAGGUUUUGAGAUUAACUAUUUUAGUUACUUUUGUCAGCAGUUAACAGCAUGGUUUUGUGUGGCACAUCAAAAUCUCUUCAUUUUUUUGUUGUAGAAGAAAAUGUGCAAACAACUGUGGGUUAUUUGUGGUAUUCUGGAGUUAUCAGAUACAAAUUCAGGAAAAAAAGUGUUUCAGUAAGAAAUGACUGUGUGAACACAAUGGAAACAGGGCCAUUUUGGAACAUAUAUUUGGAUCUGUGAGUUUAGCAUUUUCUGGGUGUAUUUACAAUCAACUUGUCAUGCAUAUUGGAAUUGCCACAUCCUCUCCUGUCGUAUGGAUCACUUUCAGAAUGGAGAUUUUUUUCUCUCUCCAAGCGAUAGCAGUUUUCUCUAAGAAGAGAACAGGAGCCUAUUUCUCCGCACUCCACCAUGUCUUGUUUAGAUAAUAGUAUCUGAGUAGGCACUUCCUCUAUGUUACAAGGUCAGUGUGUCCAGGAGAAUUCAUUGUGACUAGCAUGCAGAGCAGCUGGACUGCUGCAUUAGUUCUCAUGGAAACUUGCUUUCUUUGUACCACAAGUUCUUCUGUACAUUCAAUAUUAUAAUUAGUGUGAAUGACAAAUAAAACUGUUUGAGAAGUA